UCCGGGGCGCAGGCCAGGGGCAUUAAUAGAAUUCCCGUAAAGCAAAAUCGUCCCACGGCUGAAUGUAAUUAGGGACGUCUGCCAUAGGAUAUAUAAUCAUUAAUACCUGAGCACGCUCCUUUCAGAAACGCAGGAGAAACAAGCCAGCUCAGGGUGACCAUCUGUAACAUCUUACUUGUUAGUACUACAACUGAACCAGCUACUACCACACCUGUACCCAGCAUCAUGCUCCUUGUCAGACUGACUGCGUUCACCUUGCUGGCUGCAGUUUGCUGUACACUACCAGCUGCAGUGUAUGUUUCUCACUCAGUGACGAGAGUGGUCACCUGUGACAAUGGAGAAAAUGUCCAGUUCCUGAUCUGUGAUUCUGGAGUGAUCUUCAUUGAGAGAGCUCUGUAUGGAAGGACUGACGGCACCACCUGCAAAGAAGGACGACCUGCCAACCAGCUGACCAACACACAAUGUUCACAGACGGGCACCCUGGAGGUCCUCUCAAACAGGUGCAAUGGGAAACAGGUGUGUGAAGUGAACACUGAAGUCUUCCGUACUUCUGACCCCUGUGUUGGAAUCUACAAAUACCUGGAUACCACCUACACCUGCCUCCCAGCAACACGCAGCAUCACGUGUGAAGGCUCUGAUGCUCUACUAGAAUGUGAUGAAGGUACGAUCCAGAUCCACAGUGCCAACUAUGGCCGCCGUGACCAGCUAGUGUGUUCCUUUAAUCUGCCCGCUAACCCACUAGCCAACACCAACUGCCUCAGCCAAUCCAUAACCACCAGCAAGGUGGCAAAGAGGUGUAAUGGGAAGAGCCAGUGUGACGUCGCGGCGUCCAACUCUCUGUAUGGAGAUCCCUGUGUAGGAACCUACAAGUACCUGGAUGUGGCUUACACCUGUGGCUAAAUGUGAGGCAUGCAUGCAUACGGAGAUCUUCUCUGAGGAACAUAGACCAGAGAGACCACUUGGAUAUCUUCCUCUUCAUUGGGCGGAUUUGUAUUUCUUUCCUGUCUUCUCUCCUCUGAAGUCUCAUUUGAGUGUAAAAUCAAUGUAAAUUCAAAAUGUGUAAAUCCCAUUGAUUGUGUAUUUCAUCAGGCAUAAUUUGUGUGUAAUAAAACCAUAAUGAUGCCCCUCUUGUGCUGCAGCAAUGCACGGUCAGGAGGAAGCAUGGAGAAGUUAAACAUUAACCCCAAAAAUAAACUAUUCUUGAAAUAACACUGA